AUGCUUUUAAAUAAAAUCUGCUUAUUUUCUGUCUCCUCACCAUUGGACAUUGAAACCAAGUUUUACAAUUCAGAAAUGGGUGACUUAUUUCUUGAAGUGCAGAUUCAAAACAUGUCAUCUUCAACUGUGUUUAUACAAAAGGUUUUGUUAGAGCCAUCUGAAAUGUACAUUGGGAUAGAAUUAAAUACUAUUAACCAGGAUGGAGAAGAUGAGAGUACAUUUGGAACAAGGACAUUUUUGCAGUCAUCAGAAGGACGCCAGUAUUUAUAUCACCUUCAGCUAAAGCCAGAAUAUUCAGAGAAAGCUAGUGCCAUUAGGGAACUAAUGGAUGUGGGAAAAUUGGAUAUAGUAUGGAAAAGAAAUCUAGGUGAAAUGCCAAUAGUACAAACAAUCCAGCUUGAAACAGAGGCUCCAUUUUAUGGAAACAUAAAGCUGUAUUUGGAGAAAACCCCAGACACCGUAAUUCUGGAAGAGCCUUUUCAUAUUACCUGCAAGAUAACAAACUGUAGUGCUAGGAAAAUGAAAUUGGUUUUGAAAAUGUGUGAUACAGCUUCUGUUCGUUGGUGUGGAAAUUCAGGAAGGUAUCUUGGAAAGCUGCCUCCUCAGUCAUCUCUCUGCUUUACCCUGACACUACUUUCCUUAAAACUGGGCCUCCAAAGUAUUUCUGGCUUACGAAUAACAGACAAAGUAUUAAGGAAAACAUAUGACUAUGAUGAUGUUGCAAAUGUCUAUGUAGUACCUUCCAUCAUUAAAAUGAAAUGUUGA